UAUGUCGUGGUUACACCUCGAGCAACUCGGUCACAACUUAUACCUGGGUUUGUCAAUUGGUCGUCACCAUGGCUAACGACAGAGAAGUUUUACGGGAGAUAUGGGAAGGCAAGGUUCCAGUCUGCUUUCAACUUGAUUCAGAAGAAGUCUGUGAACUUCAGGCUCCAGCUCCUUAUUAUUUGAUGGUCCCUAGGUUAAGUUAUUUUCCUCUCUGCGUUGACAAGGUUCGCAAACAUUUCACGCGCCACAUACAGAAGGAUAAACAGGAUAAUGAAAUGUGGUUAGAAUUCAAUGGAGCGCCAUUGAAAUGGCACCUACCAAUCGGCGUAUUACUUGACCUGCAUGCCAUAGAUAUUCAACUGCCUUGGAAUAUCACUGUCCAUUUUGACAAAUUUCCAGAAAAUGCCAUUAUGCACUGUCAGAAUAAGGAAGUAGUGGAAUCGUAUUUCCUGGCCUGUAUCAAAGAAUCUGAUGUACUGAAACACAGAGGACAAGUCGUAUCUAGUAUGCAAAAGAAAGAUCAUAAUCAAUUGUGGCUUGGGUUACUGAAUGAUAAAUUUGACCAAUUUUGGGCCAUCAACAGGCGUCUUAUGGAAUCUAGCAAUGACGAUGGUUUCAAAUAUAUACCCUUUAGAUGUUACCUCAGUGAAGAAAAGUACAUUCAAAAAUUGGUGAAACCUGUUAACGAAGAGGGGCAGAGAAAAAAAUUAGGCCAUUUGUUGUCGGAAGUCUUUCCUGACCAAGAAAAAGUGGUUGUGAGAACACAUGGAAUUACCCCUCUACCAGAAACACCGCUUCAAUGGCUAUCAGAGCAUCUCAGCUAUCCAGAUAACUUUUUGCAUUUAUGUCUAAUAAACUGGUCACCAGAAGUAACCUCGAAGUAGAUACUGACGAAAGUAUACGUGACUUGUAUCUGUUCUUCUUUGUCGCACUAUUUUCGAUGAAAAAUAGUCCGAAUGCAGCAUCUCGAUGCAAUGCCAUUAUUGACGGAGUUUGCACACCAACGUAUUGUUCAUAAUUUAACGGGCGAUAAGGACUUGGUAAAUUGUCGCGUAUCAGGCAGGUACAUGUUCAUUUAACUCGCUGUCGUACUGGCUACCUGUGUACAACUAUGUAUUGAAAAUGCAAGAUUAAGAUCAACUCUCAGGUUUAAUUCUUAUAACUUUUUACGCAUGAACUUUAGAUUCCUCAUUACAGUAACGAGUCUUAGCCAAUGAUAUACUCGUAUGGAUAUCUUAUUUCAUGAUUGUUUUAUGAACGAUUCUUCUGAUUUAUAUUCAAUUCGCAAUGGUUAAAUCCAGUGAUAAUGAAAAACUUUUUGAAAACAAGUGAAAUUAUUGAAUUCCGUGCGAAUAAACAUCGAAAUUUAUGGUGCUUCAUAUUCACUUGACACUAUAUUGGGGUUCAAAGUCAAGUAAUCAAUUGGGUAUAUUUGUUUCACAAUGAAUUUCGGUUUACCCGAAGUAAUAUAGACGAAAUUUUGAAUGAAAUUCGAAUAUUAUACUAUUGCAUAAGUAAUAUAUUUAAUCAUUUCUAUGUAUAUAUGUGCUGGAUUUCUUAUAAGUGAUGAAUAAAAUAAUUACUAUGA